AUGACUACUUUAAAUCGCACUGGAAUUAGCCACCCAGUCUUCCGGUUGCUAGGCAUCCCUGGCUUAGAGGACCAGCACAUCUGGAUUUCCAUCCCCUUCUUCAUUUCCUAUGUCACUGCUCUGUUUGGGAAUGGCUUACUCAUCUUUACUAUCCUCACCAAGCGAAGUCUCCAUGGACCCAUGUACCUCUUCCUCUGCAUGCUGGCGGGAGCAGACAUUGUGCUCUCCACAACCACAGUGCCACAAGCUUUGGCCAUCUUCUGGUUCCGUGCUGGGGAGAUCUCUCUGGAUCUCUGCAUCACUCAGCUCUUCUUCCUCCAUUCCACUUUUGUCUCUGAGUCAGGGAUCUUGUUGGUGAUGGCAUUUGACCGCUACAUUGCUAUAUGCUACCCGCUGAGGUACACCACUAUUCUUACAAACUCCUUCAUUGGAAAAGUUGGUGUGACGAUCUUUCUGAGGAGUUACGGUACCAUUUUCCCUAUAAUAUUUUUAGCGAGGAGACUGACAUUCUGCAAAAGUACUACCCUCCCAAACACGGGUUGUAAGCACAUCGUCCUGGCUCAUGCUUCCUGUGAUGACAUCCGCAUAAACAUCUGGUAUGGGUUCUUUGUCCUCAUGUCAACAGUGGUCUUAGAUAUUGUGCUAGUUUUUAUCUCCUAUGUGCUUAUUCUCCGUACUGUCUUCCGCAUGCCAUCCCAAGAUGCCCGCCACAAAGCUCUUAAUACUUGUGGCUCUCACGUCUGCGUCAUCAUCCUUUUUUACGGGCCUGGCAUUUUCACCACCCUUACUCAGAGAUUUGGACGCCACAUCACACCCCAUGUUCACGUCCUCUUGGCUGAUGUCUGCAUUCUGUUUCCACCUAUGCUCAAUCCCAUCAUUUAUGGGGUCAAGACCAAACAGAUCCGGGACCAGGUGGCUCAUAUGUUGUUUCUAAAGGCGAAGUGAGUGCUGUUGGGCGCUGGCAUUCUUUUUGUCUGAGCCAUUUUCUCCGUGUCUGAGAUAGGAUUUUUGUACUUUUUGUCUGGGACAUCUUGGCCUUCCAUCUUCC